AUGUACGCCAAGAUCGCCGCUGUCUCCUUCGCUGCUUUGGCAGCAGCAGCUCCUCUCGAGCAGCGCCAGUCUGGACCCAAUGAUGGCCAGAUCCUCAAUUACGCUCUUACUCUCGAGCACCUCGAGAAUGAGUUCUACAGACAGGGUCUUGCCAACUACACCGCAGAGGACUUCGAGGAGGCUGGUGCCAUUCCAGGUUUCUACGAGAAUCUGAAGGAGAUCUCGUUCGAUGAGCAGACUCAUGUCGAGUUUCUCAGCACUGCGCUGACAGGUGCCGGCGUCACCCCAGUCCAGCCUUGCACCUAUGCCUUCGGUGCUACCGAUGCUGCAUCCUUCCUUGCCACAGCGGCUGUCCUCGAAGCUGUCGGUGUCUCAGCAUACCUCGGAGCUGCUCAAUUCAUCGCCAACAAGGCCUACCUGACCGCCGCAGGCUCAAUCCUCACGGUCGAAGCCCGCCACUCUGCCUACCUCAACCAGCAGCAGGCACCACCAAAGUCGCCAUUCCCAUCGCCAUUCGAUGUCCCACUGGACUUUGACGAGGUCUACUCUCUUGCUGUCCAGUUUAUCGUCUCCUGCCCACCAGACAACCCAACUCUCCCAGUCAAGGCUUUCCCAACCCUGACUGUCGUCGACCCAACUCACCCUGUCAAGGAGGGAGAUAAGCUGAAGCUUACUGCUUCUGAGGACGUUGAUGCCGAGGCUGCUUACUUCAUCACCAUCAAUGGCCCCGUCGAGGCAGAUUUCGAGGGUGGUGACAAUUGCUACUACGUAAUUUUGCCCGAAGGUGUCCAGAAGGGACAGGAGUACCUCGUCCUUACCAACGGUGAGGAGCAGCCUACUGACGACAACAUCGUUGCUGUGGGUAUCGUCAGCAUCCAGGAUAACCUCUAUGGCAAGGGCCACCCUUCACAGGGCGAGUACCCAACACACUACUAG